CAGAGCUAAUAAUGGGACUAAGUUUAAAAUAUCAGCCCUGUGUAACAGACCAGAGGUCUGGCAGUGUUUCUCUAACAGUUCGCUUCACUUCAGGGGCUCGGUGCAGCUUUGCGGUGGAGGAAACAGCAUCGAGCUGAAACAAGUGAGAGACUUGUGGUCGUGGUUUGAAACGCUGGAGCAAUGCGCGGUCGCUUUACUUGCCUUUGUUUAUAUUUGACAAAAACAACUCGAAAGGGGGGGGAAACAUAAACUUCCUUCCUUCCUGCUCUUGCUGCUUCGCCACCACGACGUGCAAGGCUGGCCGCAGAGAAAUAGUUGCAAAGGUAGAUGCUUUGCUUCCUGUUUCCUCCGAAAAAAAAGCCAGACCUGCACCACUUGUAUCUGAUCUCUCCGACUCUGACACGGUGCCAUGUUCUGCUCCCUGCCCACUUGUGAAAAGUCGCACGAGAAAUGGCAUCACCGAGGGUUUUGCUGGAGUGGUGCCGCGUCACAUGCGCCACUUAUCCCGACGUGGAAAUAACUAACAUGUCAACCUCAUUCACAGAUGGACUGGCGUUCUGUGCUAUCAUCCACAAACACCGCCCUGACCUCAUAGACUUCAGGUCCCUCUCCAAAGAUAAUGCUUAUGAAAAUAACAAGCUGGCGUUUGAGAUAGCAGAGACAAAGCUGGGUAUCCCUGCCUUCCUGCAUCCGAAGGAUAUGGUUUCCACCAAGGCGCCCGAUCGUUUAAGCGUCGUCUCCUACCUUGCUCAGUACUACUGCUUGUUCAAUGGGAAGUCUUCGGCAGGUCCUGCCAAAUUGUGGUCAUCGCACGGCACUUCCUCACACAGCCUCUCGAAGAGCAAAAUUUACCAUCAUCCAAAGAGCAUGAAGAGCUUGACUGACAGCAAAACCAGUCGAGAGGAAAAUGUUUGUGAUGCGAGGCCGCAGACUGUGUGCAGUUUGUGUUUGAAGCCUGUGCACCUGAUACAGAGGCAUUUGAUAGAUGGAAAAGUUUACCACCGCAGCUGUUUCAGGUGCAAAGUGUGCCACGCAACUCUUUUACCACAGUCUUACACACAGGGAAGUGACGCUGGCUCCUUGAUCUGCACUUACCAUGCGACAAACAGUAAAGGUACUCAUGUCGACGUCAGCAGGCAAACUGGAUCUCAAAGUAAACUUCAGACAGUUUGUUAUUCUCUGGGUGGACAGCCUAUCACCAGCGUCCCUAAUUACACAAAGAAAACAGAGUCACAGGACACACUGGGUUGCAAGAAUGCAGAAACAGGUGGGACAGAAAGGAAGGAGGAGAACAGAGAGGUCAAAAACAGAGAAAAUCACUGUGUACAAGUGAUAGAUGGAAGGACUCAUCCUGUUCCAGCACCAAGGCGGAUUUCUGUAGGCCCUGUUCCUGCAGCCAGGAUCAGAAGUUCACAGACUGUAAAUAGCUCCCCUGCUGCAGGUAGUUUAUCCAGUCAAAGCAAAUGUGCAGCCAGUCCGCCUCAAGGCACCAGCCCAGUCAGCGCUAGAUCUAAAAUGAAAAGCAGCCAUCCAUGGAUGGCCCUCGUGCAUCCGGGACCCUGGACACAGCUGCCUCCAGCUCCACCUCCACUUCCCACUUUUCGAUCCAAAUCGGCUUCUAACUUAGACGGGUCGUCCAAAAGACCCAAAGUUCCUGCUCCAAAUCCUUUUGAAGAUGUGCAGGAGGACGACUCUCAAAGAGAGGCUGCUAAAUCCGAGUCUGAAGACCAAAAUAAGCCUUUAUUGGGAGCUACCCAAUCAGAGGGCAGCACCUUGGCAUCGCAGGAGGCUGAAGAAAACACAGCUCUCCCACAGAAGAGCCCGGAUCUCAGAGAGGGUGGUGAAGUUGCAGAACCUGACCCAGUAAAAGAAGUGACUGCAGAUACUAACACAGAGAGACCUUGUGGUGAAAGAGGUGGAGAUGGCGGUCAGAUUGCUCCGUCAGAUGUGACAGAAGCAGCAGGUCCGUGUCCCAUUCCUGCUUCAAGACAGAGUCACAUUUUACCCAGAAGUCUUUCUGUGCCAGCCAUUGCGUCUGACCCUCAUUCUGCACCUGUCGGUGAAACACAGACGGAUGAAGCUGCCACAUCGUGGCAAAGUAAGCUUUCCUGUGAAAAAGAUCCUAAGGCUCAAAGACCCACAUUAUCCAAAUCAAAUACCGUUCAGGACCUCUCACCUUGUCGGGGCCCCGCACCUGGCCAUGGAUUCCCACUCAUCAAGAGAAAGGUGCAGACAGAUCAGUGCGCUUCCCCAGAAGAGCUGCAGGUGCAGAUGAGGGAAGUGGAUCAACAUCUGGAGACACUGGAGGGAAAAGGAGUGGAACUGGAGAGGAACCUGAGAGGCUGCAAAAAUGAUAAACAGGAGGAACAAAUGCUAAUGGAGUGGUUCUCUCUUAUCCACGAGCGGCAUGUUCUGAUGUGCCACGACACGGAGCUGGUUUAUCUGACAAAGCAGAAAAAGCUGGAGGACAGGCAGACCGACGUGGAGUACGACCUCCGGUGUCUCUUUAAUAAACCUGACAAGAACUGGAGUCAGGAGGAUCGAGAUAAAGAGAAGAAGCUGAUGGAUGAGCUGGUCACCAUCAUUGAACAGAGGAACCACAUCAUCAGCUGCCUGGAUCAGGACAGACAGAGGGAGAGAGAAAAUAACGUGCUUUGGGAAGAUGUAAUGAACAAAGUCUUCCAGAAAGAAGGAUUAAAAGAGCUAAGGAAGCCCAAAAAAGAUUUCAAGCCUACGAAAGUACUAAAAAUCCUGAACCACAAAGAAGAAAGCACGAAGAACUCUGUGGACAAAAAGAGUUGAAGAAGUGUCAGAAACUCUCAUUGUUCAUGUGUGAACAGUAUGAAAUAUGCACUUAUUAAGUACAUGCUUACUAAUUAUGUGUUAAAGCCCAGCUUAGUAACAUCACCAAACGAAAUGUAUUGUUCUCAGUCGGCACGAUGUAUAUAUUAUUAUUAAUGUGCUUUUUCACUCUAAAAAUUAUCAAUAUCUUAUUUUUAUGGUAUUGUAUACUUGUGGGUUUUUUUUAA